GGGGCGGGGGCGGGGGUAGUUCUGAUAACACAGAAUUCCGAGAGAUCACAAGAUUGCUUCAGGGGGGUUGGGUGGGGUGGGGUGGGGUGGGGCUGGGGGCUUGUCGCCCUUUCAGGCUCCACCCUUUGCGGAGAUUAUAAAUAGUCAUGAUCCCAGCGAGACCCAGAGAUGCUGUAAUGGUGACACUUUGGAUCCUUCCUGAGGACGUGGAGAAAACUUGCUGCUGAGAAGGACAUUUUGAAGGUUUUGUUGGCUGAAAAAGCUGUUUCUGGAAUCACCCUUAGAUCUUUCUUGAAGACUUGAAUUAGAUUACAGCGAUGGGGACACAGAAGGUCACCCCAGCUCUGAUCUUUGCCAUCACAGUUGCUACAAUCGGCUCUUUCCAAUUUGGCUACAACACUGGGGUCAUCAAUGCUCCUGAGAAGAUCAUAAAGGAAUUUAUCAAUAAAACUUUGACGGACAAGGGAAAUGCCCCACCCUCUGAGGUGCUGCUCACGUCUCUCUGGUCCUUGUCUGUGGCCAUAUUUUCCGUUGGGGGUAUGAUCGGCUCCUUUUCCGUCGGACUCUUCGUCAACCGCUUUGGCAGGCGCAAUUCAAUGCUGAUCGUCAACCUGUUGGCUGUCACUGGUGGCUGCUUUAUGGGACUGUGUAAAGUAGCUAAGUCGGUUGAAAUGCUGAUCCUGGGUCGCUUGGUUAUUGGCCUCUUCUGCGGACUCUGCACAGGUUUUGUGCCCAUGUACAUUGGAGAGAUCUCGCCUACUGCCCUGCGGGGUGCCUUUGGCACUCUCAACCAGCUGGGCAUCGUUGUUGGAAUUCUGGUGGCCCAGAUCUUUGGUCUGGAACUCAUCCUUGGGUCUGAAGAGCUAUGGCCGCUGCUACUGGGUUUUACCAUCCUUCCUGCUAUCCUACAAAGUGCAGCCCUUCCAUUUUGCCCUGAAAGUCCCAGAUUUUUGCUCAUUAACAGAAAAGAAGAGGAGAAUGCUAAGCAGAUCCUCCAGCGGUUGUGGGGCACCCAGGAUGUAUCCCAAGACAUCCAGGAGAUGAAAGAUGAGAGUGCAAGGAUGUCACAAGAAAAGCAAGUCACCGUGCUAGAGCUCUUCAGAGUGUCCAGCUACCGACAGCCCAUCAUCAUUUCCAUUGUGCUCCAGCUCUCUCAGCAGCUCUCUGGGAUCAAUGCUGUGUUCUAUUACUCAACAGGAAUCUUCAAGGAUGCAGGUGUUCAAGAGCCCAUCUAUGCCACCAUCGGCGCGGGUGUGGUUAAUACUAUCUUCACUGUAGUUUCUCUAUUUCUGGUGGAAAGGGCAGGAAGAAGGACUCUGCAUAUGAUAGGCCUUGGAGGGAUGGCUUUUUGUUCCACGCUCAUGACUAUUUCUUUGUUAUUAAAGGAUAACUAUAAUGGGAUGAGCUUUGUCUGUAUUGGGGCUAUCUUGGUCUUUGUAGCCUUCUUUGAAAUUGGACCAGGCCCCAUUCCCUGGUUUAUUGUGGCCGAACUCUUCAGCCAGGGCCCCCGCCCAGCUGCGAUGGCAGUGGCCGGCUGCUCCAACUGGACCUCCAACUUCCUAGUCGGAUUGCUCUUCCCCUCCGCUGCUUACUAUUUAGGAGCCUACGUUUUUAUUAUCUUCACCGGCUUCCUCAUUACCUUCUUGGCUUUUACCUUCUUCAAAGUCCCUGAGACCCGUGGCAGGACUUUUGAGGAUAUCACACGGGCCUUUGAAGGGCAGGCACACGGUGCAGAUAGAUCUGGAAAGGACGGCAUCAUGGAGAUGAACAGCAUCGAGCCUGCUAAGGAGACCACCACCAAUGUCUAAGUCGUGCCUCCUUCCACCUCCCUCCCAGCAUGGGAAAGCCACCUCUCCCUCAACAAGGGAGAGACCUCAUCAGGAUGAACCCAGGACUGCUUCUGAAUGCUGCUACUUGAUUCCUUUCUCAUCCCAUGCACUCCAUGAGCACCCCAAGGCUGCAGUUUGUUGGAUCUUCAAUGGCUUUUUAAAUAUUUUAUUUCCUGGACAUCCUCUUCUGCUUAGGAGAGACCGAGUGAACCUACCUUCAUUUCAGGAGGGAUUGGCCGCUUGGCAUAUGACAACUUUGCCAGCUUUUCCUCCCUUGGGUUCUGAUAUUGCCGCACUAGGGGAUAUAGGAGAGGAAAAGUAAGCUGCAGUUCCCCCAACCUGAGACUUACCAGGAAGCAGAUACAUAUGAGUGUGGAAGCCGGAGGGGGUUUAUGUAAGAGCACCUUCCUCACUUCCAUACAGCUCUACGCGGCAAAUUAACUUGAGUUUUAUUUAUUUUAUCCUCUGGUUUAAUUACAUAAUUUUUUUUUUUUUACUUUAAGUUUCAGGAUACAUGUGCCGAAUGUGCAGGUUUGUUACAUAGGUAUAUAUAUGUCAUGAUGGAAAUAUUUAUUUUUUUAAGCAUAAUUUUGCCAAAUAAUAAAAACAGAAGGAAAUUGAGAUUAGAGGGAGGUGUUUAAAGAGAGGUUAUAGAGUAGAAGAUUUGAUGCUGGAGAGGUUAAGGUGCAAUAAGAAUUUAGGGAGAAAUGUUGUUCAUUAUUGGAGGGUAAAUGAUGUGGUGCCUGAGGUCUGUACAUUACCUCUUCAACAAUUUCUGUCCUUCAGAUGGAAACUCUUUAAGUUUAAUUUCUCGUAAAAGUCAUAUACCUAUAUAAUAAAGCUACUGAUUUCCUUUGGAGCUUUUUUCUUUAAGAUAAUAGUUUACAUGUAGUAGUAGUACUUGAAAUCUAGGAUUAUUAACUAAUAUGGGCAUUGUAGUUAAUGACGGUUGAUGGGUUCUAAUUUUGGAUGGAGUCCAGGGAAGAGAAAGUGAUUUCUAGAAAGCCUGUUCCCCUCACUGGAUGAAAUAACUCCUUGUAGUAGUCUCAUUACUUUUGAAGUAAUCCCGCCACCUAUCUCGUGGGAGAGCCACCCAAAUGAGAAACCUAAAAUAAUUGGUUCUUGGUAGAGAUUCAUUAUUUUUCCACUUUGUUCUUUAGGAGAUUUUAGGUGUUGAUUUUCUGUUUUAUUUUAACUCAUACCUUUAAAGGAAUUCCCCAAAGAAUGUUUAUAGCAAACUUGGAAUUUGUAACCUCAGCUCUGGGAGAGGAUUUUUUUCUGAGCGAUUAUUAUCUAAAGUGUGUUGUUGCUUUAGGCUCACGGCACGCUUGCGUAUGUCUGUUGCCGUGUCACUGUGGUCCUAUGCCGAAUGCCCUCAGGGGACUUGAAUCUUUCCAAUAAACCAGGUUUAGACAGUAUGAGUCAAUGUGCAGUGCAGCCCACACUUGAGAGGAUGAAUGUAUGUGCACUGUCACUUUGCUCUGGGUGGAAGUACGUUAUUGUUGACUUAUUUUCUCUGUGUUUGUUCCUACAGCCCCUUUUUCAUAUGUUGCUCAGUCUCCCUUUCCCUUCUUGGUGCUUACACAUCUCAGACCCUUUAGCCAAACCCUUGCCAGUGACAGUAUCUUGGUUCUCAGUUCUCACUGUUCCCUCUGCUCCUGGAGCCUUUGAAUAAAAAUGCACGUAGCUGAGGCCGGAUGCGGUGGCUCACGCCUGUAAUCCCAGCACUUUGGGAGGCCUAGGUGAGCGGUCAGGGGUUCGAGACCAGUCUGGCCAACAUAGUGAAACCCUGUCUCUACUAAAAAUGCAAAAAUUAGCCGGGCAUGGUGGCGGGCGCCUGUAAUCCCAGCUACUUGGGAAGCUGAGGCAGGAGAAUCAUGUGAACCCGGGACGCAGGGGUUGCAGUGAGCGGAGAUCGCAUCAUUGCACUCUAGCCUGGGCCACAGGGCGAGACUCCGUCUCAAAAAAAAAAAAAAAAAUGCACAUAGCUAUGGAGUGGGCUUUAGCUUGAAAAGGUGACCUUGCAACUUCAUGUCAACUUCUGGCUCCUCAAACAGUAGGUUGGCAGUAAGGCAGGGUCCCAUUUCUCACUGAGAAGAUUGUGAAUAUUUCCAUAUGGAUUUUCUAUUGUUACUCUGAUUCUUUGUUUUAAAAUAAAAAUUCUGAAUGUACACGA